AACACCGAUAUUUGGAACGGUCCACCCACCUGCUAACACACACAGGUAGUGUGCGUUAGCAAAAAUCCCCAUGAUGAGCUCUUUACAUCGUCACAUCAUGGCAGCGACACAAGGACACACGUCCGUCCUGUCAUACAAGUGAAGGACUGUGUGCACCGCGGCCAGCAGCCUCCUCCAACCUCCGCCUGGACUGGAACAACAAGCUCUACCCAAAGCAAGCCACCAGCCGCGGAACUGCCUCUCCUCGCUGCCAUCCAUGACAUUCUUCAGGCUCACAUUCAAGUGCUUCGUCGACUGCUUCUGAGUCUCCCCCGGCCCGCGGACACAAGCCAUUCGGCCGCGUCUCUUGCUUGAGCUAACGUGGGGCUGCAGAGUCCCAAAAAAUUGCGUGACAUUCAUUUGAGUGUUUUCUCAAGAAAGUUGGGGGGCAAACGCCGAAAAGAGUAGCGACGUAGUACAUCUCCCUGUUGUGACUCAGUGCGUGUCCAAAGGUAUGGAGGAGAAUACUCAAGGUGAACUCGGCCUCACACAGAUGCAAGCAGGGGACUUGUCUGAAACAGAGGGGGAAGAAUCAGCUCUCUCUCAGCCUGUGCCUGGUGCGAGUCCAGGGCAUGGUGAGGGUAGAAGCGUGAGCCAAGAUGGAAGCAAUAAGGCUGUUGCAGUACCAGUGGUGGAGAGAGUAACCUGGACCAGACAAAUGGACUUUAUCAUGUCGUGCGUAGGAUUUGCUGUAGGUCUGGGCAAUGUGUGGCGCUUCCCUUACCUUUGCUACAAGAACGGAGGAGGCGUGUUUCUUAUCCCCUACCUGCUGAUAGUUUUCUUUGGGGGCAUCCCAGUAUUUUUCUUGGAAAUCGCUCUGGGACAGUUCAUGAAGCAGGGAGGGGUCUCUGCCUGGAACAUUGUCCCUCUUUUCAAAGGUCUUGGCCUGGCAUCAAUGGUGAUUGUGUUUUUCUGCAACACCUACUACAUCAUGAUUCUUGUGUGGGGGCUCUACUUUCUCUGCCAUUCUUUUACCAAUCCACUGCCAUGGGCCACCUGCGGACACCCCUGGAACACUCCCAAAUGCACAGAGGACUUCCAUCGCACCUGCCAAAACAUUUCUCAAGACAUGAAUCACAGCUGUAUAGAGAUUGAUGGCAUGCGCUCCCCAGUCCUGGAGUUUUGGGAGCGCAAAGUUCUCCAUCUUUCCAGUGGGAUUCAUCAGCCCGGUAGCAUCAACUUUGAGGUUGUGCCAUGUCUUUUUGCCACUUGGAUCAUUGUUUAUUUCUGCAUGUGGAAAGGAGUUAAAUCCACAGGAAAGGUUGUAUACUUCACAGCUCUGUUCCCUUAUGUAGUUCUGGUUAUUCUGUUGGCCCAUGCCGUCACCUUACCUGGAGCUUCAAAUGGAAUUAUAUACUACCUGAAACCAAAUUGGUCCAAACUGGGAGAAGCACAGGUAUGGAUUGAUGCUGGUACACAGAUUUUUUUCUCCUAUGCCAUCGGACUCGGUGCUCUGACUGCACUGGGCAGCUACAACCGCUUCCAUUACAACUGUUACCAAGAUGCAUUUUUACUGGCUGCCGUUAAUAGUGGAACCAGCUUCUUUGCAGGCUUUGUCGUGUUUUCUGUGUUGGGCUUCAUGGCGGCAGAGCAAGGUGUGGACAUCAGUAAGGUAGCUGAGAGGGGUCCAGGCCUGGCCUUUAUUGCAUACCCCAAGGCUGUGACUUUAAUGCCCCUAGCACCACUCUGGGCCGCACUCUUCUUUUUUAUGUUACUGAUAAUGGGCCUGGACAGUCAGUUUGUUGGAGUAGAGGGUUUGGUAACCGGAAUCAUGGACAUGCUUCCUCCAAAGUUUGCUCAGGGCUACUUGCGACGAGAGGCAGUAGCAGGCAUCUGCUGUAUUAUCUGUUUUAUCAUUGACUUGUCCAUGGUCACAGAGGGAGGGGUGUAUGUCUUCCAGUUGUUUGACUACUAUUCUGCCAGUGGUAUCACUCUGCUGUGGCAGGCUUUCUGGGAGUGUGUGGUGAUUGCUUGGGUUUAUGGCGCAGACCGUUUCAUGGAUGAUGUGGCUCGUAUGAUUGGUUAUCAACCUCUGCCUUACAUGAAGUGGUGCUGGUCCUACAUCACGCCUCUUGUUUGUGUGGCAGUGUUCCUUUUCCAUGUGGUGAACUUCAAGCCCCUAACCUACAACAAUGUGUACAUCUACCCAUUAUGGAGUGAAAUGAUUGGCUGGGCAUUGGCUCUUUCCUCUAUGCUUUGUAUCCCGCUUACUGUUAUCUUCAAGUUGCUGCGCUGCAAAGGAUCACUGCGUGAGCGGUGGACAUACCUCAACACCCCACUUUGGGGCAGCCACCACCUGGAGUAUCUUAACCCAGAGAAAGAGGCCAAACUGCUGCCUCCUGCAAGACCCAAGAAUACUCAUCUCUCCGAAAGUGUCAUCUGAUCUCAAAACCGCCAUAAAGCACAAAACCCUUGUUGUCCUUUUGAUAUCAGCAAACACCCACACUAAUUCUACUAAUACUUAUAGGGGCUGUUUGCAACAUGGACACAGAUGCUUAGAGAGCGCUAACUUUCCGAUGUAUUUGAAUGGCUUCUAGGACAAAUGUACCUAACAAAUGCAUGCGCAUUAGCUUUUGCUGUUGACAGCUAAUAGCGAUUCGGAUAGAUAGCAUUGGCUAUUAUUGAAUGUAUCAUAACAACUACACAACUACAAAUUGUUCGUUGCUUCUCUUAGACAGCUUUUGCAUGUAUGCACGCUGCCUGCAUGCCCCAAUCGUUUCAUUCCGGCCGACAAAAUAAAAUUACCUAAAAUUAGUAAUUGUGAAAAAUAUAGACAAUUGUAAAACAUCCAUCCAUCCAUUUCUACCGCUUAUUCCGUUUGGGGUCGUGGGGGGUGCUGGUGCCUAUCUCAGCUACAUUCGGGCGGAAGGCGGUGUACACCCUCAAAGUCGCCACCUCACCAUCACAGGGCCAACACAGAUAGACAGACAACAUUCACACUCUCAUUCACACACGAGGGCCAAUUUAGUGUUGCCAAUCAACCUAUCCCCAGGUGCAUGUCUUUGGAGGCGGGACAAUCUGCUGUUAAACCACUAAUGGAAACAUGAUAACCAAUGGUGGUGUUGUUAUAGUUUUAACUUUAAAAAAUAACUGAGCAAGUGCAGAGCCCCUUUAAAUGGUUAACUGUCUGAUAAGAGCAAAAUCAGAGCACCCUGAGUUGUAAAAGGAAUAGAAAAAACGUGCAGGCAGAGAAAUACAAAAAUAUCUUUAAUGGACUUAACUUGUAUUCUAAUUCUUAAUCAUCGUGUGACUUCCAGUUUUAAAUUUAAAAUGCAGAAAAAUGAUGUAUGUUGAACCGAACCAAACUACACAUUCACAAAAAAAUACAUCCAAGUUUUCUUUCAAAGAACACUAGCUUAUUUACUAUAACUGAAGUUUUUUGUGGCCAUUGUUGGGGGGACCUAGAUUUUUUUUCACUUAUAAAUGUUACAAUGUCGGGUACUGUGUUAAACAAUGCCGAAAAUGAAAUGUUCAUGCAUUUGGGAGGGCCCUUUGUGAUGUCACAGUCUGACGUAUGUGAUAAUUAAUGUUCUCUGCCAGGCCCCGCCUCUCUGCUCUCUUGGGUCCAUUUCUGUAGCCUUCAAUGUUGUUCCUUCUCGUUUCAUGCUUCCCCGCCUGCUUUGAUGCCAAUAAAAUACAUCCAUGUUUUACCUUCCCCCUAAUGCCAACGUUAACUCAGCACUUGGCCAUCUGCAAGACAUAAUUAACCAUUCAUCCGGACGGCGUUCACAUCGCCGGGGAUUUUAAUAAAGCAUGUCGAAAGAAGAGUACCAGCAUGUCAAAUGUGCAACCAGCACGUUUAAUUGUGCAACUAGGGGAGAAUAGACACAAUCAUGUUUUCACAAACAGACAUCCCUACAGAGCAAGCCACUCUCCCACCUCGUAGACUCAGACCAAUACACUCAUGCUAUACCCCUUUUCAGGAGGCAAAACUAACAGCCCCUUAAAUCUUUAAAGCCUGACCUGAAAACACUCCUCCAGUUGCAGGACUGCUUUGCCUGCACAGAGUGGAGCAUUAUUGAAGAGCAGGAUUUGGUCAAAUUCAGUCUCCUCUUUUACAUCAAGAGCUGUGCAGAAAAUGUCACAGGGAAAACACAUCCGGUUCUUCCCAAACAAGCCCUGGAUGACAAAUGAAGUCCAGACUCUGAUCAGAGCCUCGAACUCAGCUUUUACGACGGAGGACUGGGGUUUUCUAAAGCACUGCAAGAGCCGACCUAAGGAGAGGCAUCAAAAGGCCAAGGACUCUGAUGCGGAAGGGCAUCCAGACCUUGACUAACCACUCUCCCCGUCCCCGGCAGGCUGGCAGAGGAGCUGAACGGCCUUCUUGCCUAUAGUUUGAGACCACCUCACCUAGAGCUCAGCAUUUAACACCAUCAUCCCGGACAUUCUUUACCACAAACUCCUGCAGCUCCAGGUCGUCUUUGUGAAUUAGUGAAUUUUUACACAGUGAAACAUAUUACCUAAGUCACAUUUAAACCAGUGUGGGUGGCACUGGGAGCAGGUGGGUAAUACCAAGUUUGUGGAAGCGGCAUCGAACCUGUAACCCUCAAGUUGCCACUCUGCCAACUGAGCCACGCCGGAUUAAAAACUAGUCAGUGAGACUCUGCCCCACCACUCCUUCACACGCGGCACUGGAUCUCCCCAAACCUGCGCCUUGUACACGAGUCACUGAACUCAGACCCACCCAACCAACCACAUUAUUAAAUAUACAGAAGACGCCACCGUGGUUGGGCUCAUCCGUGGUGAGGAUGAGACAGUGUACAAGGCUGAGGUAGAGAAAUUGUCUCUCGUGCUCGGACUACAACCUCACCAUGCACAUCCAAAUAAAUAACUCAAUAUGGACUUCAGGAUAGACAGACAGGAUCUUACAUACCCCAGUCCUCAUAAAUGGAGAACUGGAAACCGUCACCAACUUCAGGUUCUUGGGCACCCAAAUCUUCUGAUUUCUCUUGAACCUUAAAGUCAUGGCCCUGGUAAGAGAAAGCUCAACAGCAGCUGUGCUUCUUGCACAUCCCCCUGAAUGAUAACUUCGACACAGUUGCUGCUGGCCUUCUACCACUCUGGAGAGCGUCCAAACCUACAGUUUGGGAGUGGUAUGCAGGCUCCACAGUUAAGGACAGAAGGGUUGUGCAGGGGGUCAUAAACACUGCCCUCUACUCAACCUGAAACACACCUCAUCCCGCUGCCUCAGAGAACAAGGGCCAUCACAGAAGACUCCUCACACCAUGCCCGUUCCCUGUUUGUCCUGUUGCUCUUGACAAGAUGUUACAGGUCAAUAAAAUCUUGCUGCAGCAGGCUGACAACAGCUUCCCCUGGAACUGCAAACAUCCACUGGCGCACAUAUGCACACACACCCCCGAAUACACUGACACAACUCCACCCCUUACACCUACAUCCCCCAUCACCUCCCUGAAACAAUAAACUACCUCGUAAACUGCUUUUUAUUGCACACACUCUAUGUACAUCCAUUGCACCUUUGGUAUUUGAUAUUUUUUGCAUCACCCUUCAAUUUUUACACUCAUCGCGCUUUCAGUAUUCAUUUGUUCAGAGCAUUAUUUUUUAUAGCAUUUGUCCGUUUUUAGUGCCAUUUUAAUGCUUAUGUCUGUUUUUGUCUGGGCUGUGCAUAGUGGCUCUGGAGGAACACCCGUCCCCCAAUCUUGUUGUAACCCCCAGUACAAUGAUAAUAAAGGUGAAUCUGAAUCCAUAGGGUACCAGCAAAGAUUUACUAACAUCAGGACCUCAUGUGAAAGAAUGACCUGCAGAGGGCUUCAUGGCCAGCAUCUUACCGCACAGGAGUGAGGAGCAUACUGUCACCCAUUUCACCCCAAAAAAUCCUGAAGUGAUUGCAAUCAUUGGUUUUCUGAAAAAAGCCCAAAUUUCUCCUGCAUGAAACAUUGAACAACAUCAGAUUUGUGGCUGUAAGCUCCCUGGUGAUGAAAUCAAUAAACACAUGAUGGAUUCACUUCAGUUUGCCUGUCACAACUAGAGGUGUCGAUGCCAAAACAUGUUUGCAGACUAUUCCUCGGCAUUCAACAUUCUCCAACCUCAUGUGAGGUCCUUGCCAACCAAUUCCUCUCCUCCCACUUGUCCUCUUGCCCACAGGUCACAGUAUAUGUCAACAUCUCUUGACUUAUAACAAACCUCAUCUGGCUCCCUGUGGGUUGUGAUCUCCCCCCUUUCCUGUUCAUCCUCUGAACAAUGACUGUAAAUCCACACAGCCCCAUACCCAUUUGAUGAAAUAU